AUGAGCGUACCUCGCUUUGCCGUCGUCAAACUUAAAGAGGGAACCGACACGGUGGAGUUGUACUCAAUUCUUGUAAAACACGGGUAUUUGGAAGUGUCAUUUGUGGAGAAACUCCGUGACGCUCCACAAUAUGAAGAGACAAACGAUAAUAAGAGCACAUCUAAAAGGAAACGAAACGAAAAUGGGCCAAUCUCCGAAUCGAACAGUCCGGUUCCAAAUGAUGAAAUGAUAACCGUUCCCGAAAAAAAGUCCACCGAGAAACAUCCCUUUUUAUCAAACGCGUUAAAAGUUGGAGAUUGUUUAAAAGCAAUUCUCGAAACAUCAAAGAAAGCCAAUUCUUCAAAGAACAAGCCGAACGGAAAUGGAAAAUCGAUCUCACAGUCACUUCGGAACGAUUUAGUUAAGCAGGAAACCGAUGAGGUAGAAGCAUCCUCUUCGUCAACUUCUACAUAUGCUGAUGAUUUUCAUUCUGAGACAUCACCAAAGGCCACUGCAACCAUUAUUGAGAAAAAUUUUAACACAGAAAAUGAGCAAUUACUUCUACUUGAGUUGAAUAAAGUUUUUCAAGAAAGCAAGAAAUGUCAUGUAAAAUUAAAGAUCUCAAGAAUGCAUUGUAUUCGCUACCAUCUGGCAAUGCAUUGGAAACAAAAGCAAUUCAGUUGUUCUAAAUGUGCUCAUUCUUCUCAUUUAAAUGGUAAUGUGAAAAUUCACAUCAAAAGCAAUCACCCUGAUGGAGCUGAUGUAUUAGAAAACAUAACAGACGAAAUGGUUGAGGGAUGGUGUCAAUUUGCCUUUGAAUGUUUCCCUCAACAUGCAGAUAAAGUUGUGCGGUUAUUGAAGCAAAGACACAAUGAGAGGAAAAAUCUCAACAAAAAACGCGUCGAUCAUGAUCUGCUUGAAGCCAUCAAUAAAUUGGCUCCAACUUUCAUGUCGAGUAUUGAUGAUGAUGGAUCGAGGGGUGAAGAAAGAGAUGAGGUCGAAUCACAAUCAGAUGACACUCACACUGAUCCCCAUCACAACUCACCAAAUACCUCUUUUUCUUCAUCAUUUUCCGAACAAACCACCAUCCCAUCUUCACUCAUGCAACAUCUCAGAGCUGUU